AUGGCGACUCUCGCAAACGCAAUGGCGAACGGGGCCUUGAAUGGCGACAUGGCCGCCGUUCCCGUCACCAUUCGCUUCUCGGAUAUACCCUCUGCCAUCGAUAUCCCCGUUCAAGGCGACCAGGAGGACGAAGCGGUCGAGAUCGACCUCGAAGUCCUUCUCGACGACCCUACCGAGCUCUGCACCCUCUUCGAAAACGAGCACGCCGCCAAGACGUACUGGAUGACGGUUGCCCUCGCGUACGCGAAGCAAAAGAAGAUUGAUCACGCCAUCGAGAUGCUCCUCCGCGGCAGCAGCUCCAUCAGCCACGGCAGCAAUCCGCGUGACAAGGUGAGCAUAAUUUGCUGUCUCUGCUGGAUGUACUUGUGGAAAAGUCGCGAGGCGCCUCGUGUUUCCCCGGACGGCGUGACCAAGGAGCAUUACCUGCAGAUGGCGACGUCGUCCCUCAACGAUGCCGCCCGCCUCAACCCUUCCUUCCCGCCCACCUUCCUCGCCCGAGGCGUCCUCCUUCUCCUGAAAGCUUCCCUGCAAGCACCGGCCAAGACGGCGGGCGGCAUCGGAACCGAAAAGCACGAACUUCUCAAGACGGCCGUCAAGUCUUUCGACGAUGCGCUGCGGGUCUCGCAAGGCAAGAACAUGCUUGCCCUCAUGGGCAAGGCCCGCGCAUUCUUCUCCAUGCACAAAUAUCCGGAUGCCUUGACGACGUACCAAGAUGUUCUGCAGAAGAUGCCAAGCCUGGUGGACCCCGAUCCCAGAAUCGGCAUCGGCUGCUGCUUCUGGCAGCUGGGAUUCAAGGAGGACGCAAAGGUGGCCUGGGAGAGAUCCCUCGAGAUCAGCCCCGACUCGGCCGUCGCCAACAUCCUCGUCGGCUUGUUCUACCUCGACGCCAGUGGUCACGUCUCCGUCAACAGCGAAGACUUUCUCAAGCUGUACAAGAAGGCCAUGACCGAGUACACGCAAAGGUCCUUCAAGCUCGACAAGGACCUUCCCCUGACCUGCUCUACCUUUUCGAGCUACUUCCUUUCCCGCAAGUCGUGGGAGAACUCGGAGAAGCUGGCGCACAAAGCGAUCCAGUUCACCGACGUCAACGCCAUCGCCAGCGACGGCUGGUAUCUGCUCGCCCGUCAGGCUCACUACGCCGGCGAAACCGAAAAAGCCAGCGAUUAUUACCGCCGAGCCGACGACGCCCGUGGAGGAACCGACACGGGCUACCUGCCCGCCAAAUUUGGCGUCGCCCAGCUUUCGGUUCUCAAAAACGACCUGGGCGAGGCGAAACUGCGUCUGGAGAAGAUGAUUCAGCAGUCGAAGAACUACGAGGCCAUGAUCCUUCUCGGCACCCUCUACGCCGAGGAGACAUUUGCGAGCCAGCGGAGCGACGUCAAGGAAGACAAGUCUUCCGAGUCGAAAAAGGCCAUCGCUCUGCUGGAAGGGGUCCGAAAUGCGUGGAAGGAUCCCAAAAAAGUCGUCUCUCCCGACUCGUCGGUCCUGCUGAAUCUCGCUCGUCUCUACGAGGCCGAUCAGCCGGUCAAGGCGCUGCAAUGCUUGCAGCACGUCGAACAGCUCGAGCUCGACCAGAUCCCCGCCUCGGAGCGGCCCGAGGACGCUUCCGAGGAUCCCGAGGCGCAGGCGGCCUUGAGGAAGCUGCUUCCGCCCCAGCUCCUCAACAACAUCGGCUGCUUCCACUACCAAGCCGAGAGGCACGAGCUGGCGAGCGACAUGUUCGAGGCGGCGUUGGGCGCGUGCAUGAGGGUCGGCGAGAAGGAUCCCGAGAUGGACACGGACGCGCUCGUCUCGACCAUCAGCUUCAACCUCGGCAGGAGCUACGAGUCCCGAGGCUUGACCGACAAGGCGGUGGAAGUGUACGAAGGCCUGCUGGCUCGUCACGACGAUUACACGGAUGCCCGCACGAGGCUUGCCUACAUCAAGCUGAGGAAAAACCCGAACAAGGAGGGCCCGGAUGCCGUGGCCAGGCUGUACCAGGACAACCCCGGCGACUUGGAAGUCCGCGCGCUCUACGGCUGGUAUCUCAGCAAGGUCCACUCGAGGAAGUGGCACGCCAACAUUGCCGAGGAUCAGGAGUUCCGCCACUACAAGCACACGCUGCAGAACCACGACAAGCACGACAGGUAUGCGCUCGUCGGCAUGGGGAACCUGUACCUGAUGCAGGCGCGGGAGAUGCGGCGCGAGACGGCGCAGGAGAAGCAGAAGAAGAGCGCCAUCUACUGCAAGGCCGUCGAGUUCUUCGAGAAGGCCCUGUCCCUCGACCCCAAAAACGCCUACGCCGCGCAGGGCGUCGCCAUCGCCCUCGUCGAGGACCGCAAGGAUUACAAGUCGGCCUUGCCCAUCUUCAACCAGAUCCGGGAGACGGUCAAGGACGCCCACAUUUACGUCAACUUGGGUCACAUGUACUCCGAGCUGAAGCAGUUCUCCAAGGCCAUAGAGCACUACGAGGCGGCCCUCGCCAAGGAGGGCAAGUCGAACGACCCUACCAUCCUGUCCUGCCUCGGCCGAACGUGGCUGAACAAGGGGCGCGUGGAUCGAGACGUCGACUCGUGCGGCAAGGCCCUCGAGUGCGCCGAAAAGGCACUGGAGGCGGCCCCCGAGCAGGUCCACUACAAGUUCAACAUGGCCUUUGUCCAGAUUCAGCUCGUCACGACGAUCCAGGCCUUGCCCGAGAACAGGCGAACGUUGGAUCAGCUCGAGAAGGCGGCGGAAGGUCUCGAGGCUGCCAUCAAAUCCCUCGACAACAUCGCCACCCUCCCCCAGACGCCGUACCCCAAGCACGACGUGGAGCAGCGCGCCAACAUGGCCCGCAACACGCUCCGGAAGCAGCUCGAGAGAGCCAUCGGCAAGCAGCGAGAAUGGGAGGAGAUGAACAAGGAGAAGAUCCAGGCGGCCCAGCUGCAGCGGGAAGCGGACAUUAAGCGUCGCGAGGCGGAGCGCGAGGCCGUUCUGGCCGUGGAGCGGGAGCGGCAGGAGAAGAUCAAGAAGGAGCGGGAGACGAUGGCGGCUCGCGAUCGGAUACUCACCGAGCAGCGGCAGGAGGAGGAUCGUUCUCGCCGGGAAGCCGAGAUGACGACGGACGAGGAGACGGGACAAAAGGUGAAGCGCAAGCGCAAGCCGAAGAAGGCGGACGAGCGGAAGAAGCAGAGGAAGGGUGGACGAGACGAGGACGAGGACGAGUCUCUAGAGGAAUCACACGUCAAGAAGAGGCGGCGUCUCACGAAGAAGGAAUCGUCCAAGUUCAAGUCGGAUGAGAUUGUCGUCGACAGCGACGACGAAGACGACGACAACACCCUUGACCAAGUCGAAAGGAGAUUGGAGAGGAACGGGUCUCCUCUCUCGGAAGCCGACGACGACGCCAGCGCCGCCGACAAAAUGGAUGUCGACGACGAGGAUCGGCAGAGCGACCGAGGCAGCGAGGAGGCAGGGGAGGAGGAGGAGGAGGAGGAGGCGGCGGCGGCGGUGGAGGAGGAUGAUGACGACGACGAUGCCGAGAGCGCCCAUCGGCAGCAGCACAAGAGGACGCGGAGGGGGCGAGUGCUCGAGAGCGACGACGAAGAGGACGACGACGCCGAGCCCGCCACGGUCAAGAGCCCUCUCGACGAGCAAGAGGCCAGCCCUACGGCGACGGCGGACGAAGACGUGCCAGAUGCCGGCGGUGACGAGAAUGACGACGAGAAUUCGGAUGCCUCUGGAAGCUAG